AAAGAAAUGGCAACCUUAGAAAGUAGGCUUCAAGAAGCAGCAAUGGAAGGCAGUGUAGAAAAGCUGUUAGAAUUGCUCCAACAAGAACCUCUACUUCUCGACCGAGUCUUCGAUGGCACGGUCGAUCCUCCGCUUCAUGUUGCAGCCCUUCUUGGCCACACCGAUUUCAUUGAUCAGAUUAUACAACAAAAGCCUCGGCUCGCCCGAGAGCGCGAUUCAAACGGAUCAUCUCCCCUUCACUUAGCCGCGGCCAAGGGCCAUCUCGAAAUCGUUAGGCUUUUGCUGCGAGUCGAGGCUGAUAUGUGCUUGCUUGGCAAUGCACAGGGCUGGAACCCUUUGCAACUUGCCGCUGCAAAUGGCCGUGUGGACGCCCUGGAAGAGCUGGUCGGUGCCAGGCCGGAAGCUGCCCGAACCGCUGUGGACCACGGCGGAAAUGCUUUGCAUUUGUGCGUCAAGAACAACCAGUUGGAAGCUUUGAAGGUGCUGGUUCAUGCUAUAGAUGAUAAAGAUUUCCUUAAUGCGAAGGAUGAUUCUGGAUGCUCUAUUCUCCAUUUAGCCGUCUCUUACAAGCAGAUCGAGACAAUACGAUUUCUGGUGAACACAAACGGAACGGAACUAAACGCAACGAACUCAAACGGAUGGACGCCGUUGGACGUCUUAUUGCAAAGCAACAGAGACGUGAACGAUUUGGCCAUAGCUGUGUUACUCGGCGCCGUUGCAGCGCCGCCGCCCGCCGGCAGCCAAUGCAGCAGCUGCAGCGGGCGGAGCUGCUGCAGAAACGGGCGGCUGAUGAGACAGCGAGAGGCACUAAUGGUGGUGGCGUCGGUGAUGGCGACGAUGGCUUUCCAGGCGGCGGUGAACCCUCCCGGCGGCAUAUGGGACGGCGCCGGAAAAUCGACCCCACACACGGUUCGAUUCCGGUGCUUUAUAUUUUCGAUCACAUUCUGUUUUGUGUUCUCCAUCGUUGAACUUUUCUUGCUGAUCAUUGAUCAUCCCUCCAACAGUUCCCUUUUCUUGGGUUUUCUUUCCUUUGCCAUGUUCUUUUCCAUUGUUGCCAUGGCUGUGGCUUUUGGGGUUGCAAUUCUGUGUGUGACAUAAAAUUCUUUAUGUUAAUUUAAUAAAUUAUUUAAACGUUA